GGCAGUGCUAUUAGUGCACGGCGGGGCCGAGGCGGAGGGCAGCACGGUACCUGGUUCGCUCGCACUCGCCGGCAGGUCGGCGCGCUCGCUCACCUGAGCUGUGUCCCUGGGCCGCAGGGCCACCGGGCUGUACGCGCGCCCCCGCCCGCUGGGACACGCACGGAGAUGGGCAGCGGGAGAAGUUGACGAGCCCUCCACGCACGCGGCGCCCUUGCUGCCCAGAGGGGCUGCAGCCAGCGCUCUGUCGCGCGUGCUUGUUUGCCAAAGGAGCCGCCCCGGCAAGGAGAGUCGGAGGGAAGCCGCUUCCAACCGGGAGACCGGCCGCUCAGACACGCGCUCUGGGCGGCCUGGAUGCGCAAGAACCGGCCCCGCAGCCGCUGACGGCCGGCGGCAGCGAAGUUUGGCUGCUAAGCGGCUCGGCGCCUGGCCCCUGGACAGACUGCCAACCGGCGGAAACGACCGAAGCGAUGCCCGUGGGGGGCCUGUUGCCGCUCUUCAGUAGCUCCGGGGGCGGCGGCCUGGGUGGUGGCCUGGGCGGGGGGCUUGGUGGCAGUAGGAAGGGGUCUGGCCCCGCCGCCUUCCGUCUCACGGAGAAGUUCGUGCUGCUGCUGGUGUUCAGCGCCUUCAUCACGCUCUGCUUCGGGGCAAUCUUCUUCCUGCCUGACUCCUCCAAGCUGCUCAGCGGGGUCCUGUUCCACUCCAACCCCGCCUUGCAGCCGCCGGCGGAGCACAAGCCUGGGCCGGGGGCUCAUGCCGAGGACGCCGCCGCAGGGCGAGUCCGGCACCGCGAGGAAGGCUUGCCCGGGGACCCCGGGGCUAUCCUGGAAGAAAACUUAGCCAGGAUCCGUGAAAACCACGAGCGGGCUCUCAGGGAAGCUAAGGAGACCCUACAGAAGCUGCCCGAGGAGAUCCAAAGAGACAUUCUGCUGGAGAAGGAGAAGGUGGCCCAGGACCAGCUGCGUGACAAGGAGCUGUUUGGGGGCCUGCCCAAGGUGGACUUCCAGCCUCCCAUCGGGGUAGAGAACAGGGAGCCAGCUGAUGCCACCAUCCGCGAGAAGAGAGCAAAGAUCAAAGAGAUGAUGAACCAUGCUUGGAAUAAUUAUAAACGUUAUGCCUGGGGCUUAAACGAACUGAAACCUAUAUCCAAAGAAGGCCAUUCAAGCAGUUUAUUCGGCAACAUCAAAGGAGCAACGAUAGUAGAUGCCCUGGAUACGCUUUUCAUCAUGGGAAUGAAGACCGAAUUUCAAGAAGCUAAAUCAUGGAUUAAAAAAUAUUUAGAUUUUAAUGUGAAUGCUGAAGUCUCUGUUUUUGAAGUAAAUAUACGCUUUGUCGGCGGACUGCUGUCAGCUUACUACUUGUCUGGGGAAGAGAUAUUUCGAAAGAAAGCAGUGGAACUUGGGGUAAAAUUGCUACCUGCAUUUCAUACUCCCUCUGGAAUACCUUGGGCAUUGCUGAAUAUGAAAAGUGGCAUUGGACGGAACUGGCCCUGGGCCUCUGGGGGCAGCAGUAUCCUGGCAGAAUUUGGAACUUUGCAUUUGGAGUUCAUGCACUUGAGCCACUUAUCAGGAAACCCCAUCUUCGCUGAAAAGGUAAUGAAUAUUCGAACUGUGCUGAACAAACUGGACAAACCAGAAGGCCUUUAUCCUAACUAUCUGAACCCCAGUAGUGGACAGUGGGGUCAACAUCAUGUGUCAGUUGGAGGACUUGGAGACAGCUUUUAUGAAUAUUUGCUCAAGGCUUGGCUAAUGUCUGACAAGACCGACACAGAAGCCAAGAAGAUGUAUUUUGAUGCUGUUCAGGCCAUUGAGACUCACCUGAUCCGCAAGUCCAGUGGGGGACUAACGUACAUCGCUGAGUGGAAGGGGGGCCUCCUGGAACACAAAAUGGGCCACCUGACGUGCUUCGCAGGGGGCAUGUUUGCACUUGGGGCUGAUGGAGCUCCAGAAGCCCAGGCCCAACACUACCUUGAACUUGGAGCUGAAAUUGCCCGCACCUGUCAUGAAUCUUACAAUCGCACCUACAUGAAGCUGGGACCAGAAGCUUUCCGAUUUGAUGGCGGUGUAGAAGCCAUUGCCACGAGGCAGAAUGAGAAGUACUACAUUUUACGGCCAGAAGUCAUCGAGACUUACAUGUACAUGUGGCGACUGACUCAUGACCCCAAGUACAGGACCUGGGCCUGGGAAGCCGUAGAGGCCCUGGAAAGUCACUGCCGAGUGAACGGAGGCUACUCGGGCCUACGGGAUGUUUACUUUGCUAGUGAGAGUUAUGAUGACGUCCAACAAAGUUUCUUCCUGGCAGAGACUCUAAAGUAUUUGUACUUGAUAUUUUCUGAUGAUGACCUUCUUCCGCUAGAACACUGGAUAUUCAAUACCGAGGCACACCCUUUCCCUGUCCUCCGGGAAGAGAAGAAGGAAAUUGAAGUCAAAGAGAAAUAAAAGACAUUUUCUAUUUUACUCUGCUUCCUUCCCUCGCUGCAUACCUUAAUAAUUCCUUCCCUGGUCAUCAGAUACAUGAUGAACUUUUAUUGAUCGAUAAAAGUCUAUGAUUAUCCUAAGUUCUAAAAUUGUUUUGCAGUCUUUUGUGUUUAUUAUCAUAAGCCUAAGUGGACCUCAAUUCCUUACUAUAUUAUUCAGCUAGUGGAAUCCCUGAUUUUGUCUGUCUUUUUUUUUAAGGAAUCUAUUGUUUCUGGAGUUCAUUAAGUUAUGACAUCAUUUUCAUGAAACAGAAUAGAACAGUCUACCAGUGACCUCUUAAUUAUGAUUUGAUUUGACUGCAAAACUUUUUCCUCCUCUAUGAGGAGAUGGUGUCUGCUUUAAGCUGUAAUGUUUUGCCAUGUUGCAAAAAGCCAUAAUAAUAAAUUAAGUAUUAAAAAGCUUUUUUUUUUCCUUUUCAAGUUCAUGUUAAUCUGGUUUGUGUAGCCACCAGAGACAGAUCUCAUAACUGUGACAGCCUCUUAGAGGUCUAUCGUUAUUUGAUAGGAUGUCUUCUAAGUCCUCCACUCACAUUGCCAUUCAAAUGAGAAAGUCGUCCCAGGAGAGCCGGCCAGGUUGACCUCGUUUCAUCAAAUGAAGCACGGUGUGUCUUCAGUUUUGAUUAUGUUAGUGUUUCCACACUUUUGAAUUUCUUCUUUUGCUUUAAAUGCACUGUGGCAUCUCUAUAUCAUGUACUGCUUAAUUUCCUCCAUUCCCCACUACACAGCAAGGUGAGCCCUUGAGUUCUGCAGAGCACCCCUGUUACUGAAUUACAUUUUUGAAAGGGAAACGAUGCAACUUUUCACCUGCCAGGUUUUGCUUUUAACUGAAUCCAGUCCAUCCUGGAAUCUGGAUGCAUUGCAUCUGUGGUUUUUCUUUAAGGAAACAUUGCAUUUGGUUCAGAUCUGAAAAGGGCUCUUCCCAGAUGUAGUUAAUUACUUCACUUCAGUUUGUGAAAAGGAGCUUUUACCCAGUGAAAGAAACAUUACCAAUUUAUCUAUUCGUGUUCAACUAAAGAAAACCUGAUUUGCCCUUAAGAACACAGUGUGCUUCGUGUGGUUACAUUCAGCAUAAAGAUCUUAACUUAGAAGUAAUGUAUAGGAACGGACACACGCCUUCAUAAUUUGAUCUGUAGCAGAUCAAAAUGAUUAUAUGAUUCCUCUAAGCCUUAUUUUGAAAUAUGAAUGAUUUUCCCAAGAACAGAUUUGGUGAUAACUUGCAUUACCACACCUGCUCUGUGAUUAUGUAUGUACUAAGGGAUAAAGUCUCUAACCACUUCGAUGUGAUUAUGUAUGUACCAAGGGACAAAGACUCUAACCAUCUCAACUUCAACCCACCAUGGUCAACAACAACAAAGCAAAUAGUAUAACCCAUGGAUUAGGCUGAAGUAUAGAUUUCUGUGCAUUUAUGUUCUUAAGAUUUUCUAAUUUUGUCAGUUUCAUAUUGUUUGACAUAUUUGAGAGAAUUAUUUUGUGAAAUCUCAGUAAACAAUCAUUUUACUCAUUUCAGCUUUCAGGAGGGUUUCAAAAGAUGUCAUGUAGGGUCACCACCUUGUGUGGCCUGGUUGUUUCCAUUAUUGUACAUUAGAAUACAUCAAAAUACAUAAACUUGUAAAAUUAGUAAAUGGAAAAAAGUCUCUCAGCAUACCUGAGUAACUUCCUCCUGUAAUCUAUUUAAUCCAUGGAGCUCAUGAAUUGUGACAUCAUUUUCAUAAAGCUAAGUAGAACAGCCUGCCUUGACUUCUUAAUUACAACUUGAUUUGACUGUAAAAAAUUUCUCUUCUAUAGAAGGAAUAAGUGAAUGACAAACCUUUCUUUCCCCAGAACUCUGAUGUUAAAUAUUGAAAUUUGCUGCCAAAACAUGUGGCCAUAUGUAUUUCUAUUAUAAUUUUCAUUCUCUUUGGAUGAACUGUUUAACUCAUUUUCUUUGCAUUUCAAUUUAAAGGAGCACAGAAAGCUGGCGAGUACUCGGCAGUAGGUGGCAUUUUUAAGUCAGGCUCUGGGUGCCAACUACACUGUAGUGUGCCUUUUGUGACCCAGGAUAAGCAGGCAGGAAGCUGAACCACAAUGUUGCUCUCCAAAGGCAAGAAUCAUUUUUUUUUAAGUUUUAAAACUUGGACUUUUUUUUUUAAAUACCAGAACACCAAAAAUGUAAACAAGAUAAGAGAUUAAUAUUAUAGUAAUGUAACUAAAUUAAGCUUAUAUUUUGUGUUAAUUUUAAACAACUGAAGUCUCCAAAUAAACACCAACACAUUCAUUGUCAACAAAACUGUGCAAUUUAAUUUACAUGUGUAAUCCACAUCCUUAAAGACCAACAGUUAAAAUAGCACCUACUUUUGUGUUUGUGAAAUAUGUUUUGAUAUAGUUUGUGCAGUUAAUAUUAUAAACAUUAAGUUGGAUGCCAAUUUAUAGAACCCAGUGACCUCUAUCAGGAUAUUUUUCGUGUGUAUCAUCCAUUUUUACAUUGAUCAUUUUUGAUUUGUUCCUAAGUGCAUUCUGUCAUUUCCAACUUUAUAUAAAUCUCUGAUGUUAUGGGAAACAAUAGAUUGACACAUAAUUUUUAAAAAUUAUAUUUGUAAAAUUUCUCUAUUGUGAAUAAAGUCUUUUACUAUA